UCUCCCUUCGACAAGAAGUGCGGCCGCGAGAACUGGACCGUGGCCUUCGCUCCCGAUGGCUCCUACCUGGCCUGGUCGCAGGGACACCGCGUGGUGAAGCUGGUCCCGUGGGCACAGUGUCUCCGCGACUUCUCGUUGCUCGGCACAAAGAAUGGUGCAAACUCGGCCAGCCCCAGGGUGGCGAGGCAGCACGGCGAGGGGGGGCAGAAGAACAAGCCCUGUGAGCACAUCAUCGACUGUGGGGACAUCGUGUGGAGCUUGGCCUUCGGCUCCUCCGUGCCCGAGAAGCAGAGCCGCUGCGUCAACGUCGAGUGGCACCGCUUCAAGUUCGGGCAGGACCAGCUGCUGCUGGCCACGGGGCUCAACAACGGCCGCAUCAAGAUCUGGGACGUCUACACCGGAAAGCUCCUCCUCAACCUGAUGGACCACACAGAAGUGGUCAGGGAUCUGACCUUUGCCCCUGAUGGCAGCCUGAUCCUGGUGUCUGCAUCCAGAGACAAAACCCUGCGCGUGUGGGACCUCAAGGAUGAUGGAAACAUGAUGAAGGUGCUGAGAGGCCACCAGAACUGGGUGUAUGGCUGUGCAUUCUCACCAGACUCCUCCAUUCUGUGCUCUGUUGGAGCUAGUAAAGCAGUGUUCCUCUGGGAUAUGGACAAAUACUCCAUGCUACGGAAACUCGAAGGACAUCACAAUGAUGUUGUAGCUUGUGAGUUCUCUCCUGAUGGAGCAUUGCUGGCUACUGCAUCUUAUGAUACUCGAGUCUAUGUCUGGGAUCCACAUGUUGGAGUCAUUCUUAUGGAAUUUGGGCACCUGUUCCCUCCUCCCACUCCGAUCUUCGCCGGAGGUGCCAACGACCGCUGGGUGCGAGCUGUGUCCUUCAGCCACGACGGGCUGCACCUGGCCAGCCUGGCUGAUGACAAGAUGGUGAGGUUCUGGAGGAUUGAUGAGGAAUACCCAGUGCAAGUGGCCCCUCUGAACAAUGGGCUCUGCUGUACUUUCUCUACCGAUGGCAGUGUUCUAGCUGCAGGGACCCAGGAUGGCAGUGUGCACUUCUGGGCGACUCCCAGGCAGGUGUGCAGCCUGCAGCACCUGUGCCGCAUGGCCAUCCGCAGGGUCAUGCCCACCGGCCAGGUCAGGGCCUUGCCCGUCCCCUCCAAGGUGCUGCAGUUCCUCUGUUACCAGAUCUGAUCAGGAGGAGACAGGUGGCUCAGCUGCUGAAACUGGCUGCAAACACUUUCCAGAAUCCUCAGACUGUACAGCCUUUAAGCUUAAAACUCUACAGGUUUUCAAGAGCUAUUUAAAGUGAUAACCUAAAUACUAUUUUGUCAAAAUGCCUGACAGGUAAUUUUUUUACUAUUUAUAGAAAACACAGUAGAAGUAUUCCUGGUGUUCUCAAUUUUCUAAAGUAUAACUGUGAAAACAUGUACAUACAUAGACAUAAGCUGCUACAUGUUAUCCAUGUACCUUUCAAAUGGCUUCUAUGACCUGUAAUGUGUCUCAUGUAUAUAUUGCUUUGGUAGAGCCAUGAUGCAUCUGUGCUGGAAGGGGAAGGACAGCCCUGAGGGAGGAAAGUAGAGACUUACAGAGCAGUUAGGCUUCUCUCUGUGUUGGUUGGGGUGAGGAGACCAACACACAGGUCAGAAUUCAUGCUGGUGGCUCGAGAGGAGGCACAGGUUGGCUCUGUAGGGCAGAAGGGACAGAGGCUGUAAGGGUUGGAGUGGAUCCAAUGCAAUCCAGGACUGUGCCUGUGUGUCAGCUCAAGAAGGCCUUAUGCUCCAUAGCACAAACCAGGUGAAAUUUCAGUAUUGGGCAGUGUUAAAGAACUGUUUCCUUGCGUUUCUGAGAAUCUGACUACUGUAUUAUUGCCUGAUGCUGUGUCUGUAAUGGGACACACUUACAGACUCAGUUUAUGGUUCUUUAACCCUGUAAUAGCUCUUUGGGUGACUAUUGGUUAAUGGCCAAAGAUAAGCAAAAUACUUGGUUUUGCCUUCUGUUAUUUAUCUGUACCUGCAGAUAUAAAGAAUGUAUGCAUUGCAUAAAAUGCCCAAUUAUAUAUAUUUUUGUUGAAUUUUUUUAUUAAAAACUUGU